AUGGCGGAGACGGCGGUCCCCGAGCAGCUGCUCGAGGAGCAGACCUUCCCGGAGAAGCCCGACGAAGCCUCGCCCUCAGAGAACUUUGCAGACGCGAUCGAGGAGCACGCGGCCAGCGACGGCAUCCCGGCUGUCGCGCACCUUCCCGCCGAGGGCGGGGAGGAAGCGAGAGCGUGUGAGGACGAGGGGAAAAACGGGAAACGAGACGACGAGGCAGAUAAGGCCGACGAAGCAAACGCCGGAGAAGCCGAGAAAGAGGGACAAGACGCAGAACACGCUGAGGAGAACGAGGAGACGAAAGAUGACGGUACCAACGGAGCGGACAAACCCGAAGACCCAGAUGCAGCCUUGAAGUUCUUCGUGGGCGGCGUCAAUCCGCAGGCGACGGAACUGCAGAUCCGCUCCUACUUUGAGCGUUUCGGGAAAGUGAAGAUGGUGGAGUUGAAGAUGGACAAGAUGACGGGGCGCAACCGCGGCUUCUGCUUCGUCACGAUGGGGUCUGAGGACGCGAAGGAGGCGAUCUUCAACGCGCAGCACGCCAUCGGCGGGAAGAAAGUGGAAGUCCGCGCUCUCCACGAUGACGGCAACGUCUCCCUCAAGAGAAAAAUCUUCGUUGGCGGCGUCAACCCGAGUCUCUCAGAGAGCGACGUGGAAAAGUAUUUUGCCAAGUUUGGGACAGUCGACAAGGUGAGCAUCAUUCGCGACGCGACAACUGGAAAGAGCCGUGGGUUUGGCUUCGUCGUCUUCGCCUCUGAAGAUUCGGUGAAGGAGGUCCUCAAGUCCAGACGCCACAACCUCAAUGAGAAAGACAACUGCGAAGUGCGUGCGGCGGAGUCGCGGGCGACGCUCCCGCCCCCCCGCCCCCGGUACCCCAUGGCCCGCGGCCCGAGUCUUCCGCCUUCGGGCCCCCGCUACCCUCCGCCCCACGCCAUGGCCCAUCCGCCGCCCCACGUACCCCCUCCAGGCGGGUACUACGCGGCCCCCCCGCGAUCGUCUCCCACGUACUACUACGGGCCUCCGCCCCCAGUCGCCCCCGCGAUGAGCCCCGGUGUUGCGUACUACUCCUCCGUGGCUCCCGCGACUGGCGGCUACGCCGCCUCUCCGUCGCCCUACUACAUGCCCCCAGCGGCCGGAGUCGCCGCGGCGCCUGCAGCCACAGCGUCCGUGAUGCAUCCGCAGGCUGCAGGCGCAGCGGGCGGGGCGUCUACCCUCGUCUCCCACUCGCUGGGCUCCGCCGCCGGCUACUACGCCGGCUCAAGUGUCCCGUACGACGGUGGAGCCUCAGCGGCCGGAGGCGCCGCGGGCACAUCGGCCCGGGGCUACUGGGACGAGGACAGCUCUGCGGGAACCGCAGCGAGUGGUGCGGGCGGCGCGUACUACGCGCGCACCGCAAGUCCCGGCGCAGCCGCCUCGACCGCAGCCGGAUACAGCAGUGGCUACAGCCCUGUCAGGCAAUCGCCGUACUACGGAGCAGUGGGACGGUCGAACGUCCGGCGUAGUCCGUAUUAA